AUGAGCGUGUCCACAACACACACAUCCUUUGUUUCUCUUGGGAACAGAGAAUGUCUCGCAGGUGUGACCAAACUACAGCGUCGACAGAAACGCACAGCCGUCAGCACAGCUAACUUCACAGCCCUCAGCACAGCCGUCAGCACAGCUAACUUCACAGCCCUCAGCACAGCCGUCAGCACAGCUAACUUCACAGCCCUCAGCACAGCCGUCAGCACAGCUAACUUCACAGCCCUCAGCACAGCCGUCAGCACAGCUAACUUCACAGCCCUCAGCACAGCCGUCAGCACAGCUAACUUCACAGCCCUCAGCACAGCCGUCAGCACAGCUAACUUCACAGCCCUCAGCACAGCCGUCAGCACAGCUAACUUCACAGCCCUCAGCACAGCCGUCAGCACAGCUAACUUCACAGCCCUCAGCACAGCCGUCAGCACAGCUAACUUCACAGCCCUCAGCACAGCCGUCAGCACAGCUAACUUCACAGCCCUCAGCACAGCCGUCAGCACAGCUAACUUCACAGCCCUCAGCACAGCCGUCAGCACAGCUAACUUCACAGCCCUCACCUCAGCACAGCUAACUUCACAGCCCUCAGCACAGCCGUCAGCACAGCACCUGAAGCUCGGCUGA